CAUAAUUCACAAUAGAAUCUAUAAAUUUAGUCGCUCACACAGUGCGCAUGUCUCGAGCCGUUAGUACAAUACAGCGUUUAAUUUAACCCGACUAAUUGAUGACAUUUGAGCAUCACCGUCGCCAUCCCAGCCAAAUUACGCUAUAAACAGUUUUAUAGUAGAUCGCAAGCGCUACUCCAACUCCAAAUUUGAUUGGCGAUUUUUUCUGCUCGCUGAUGCAGCUUCUAGUGUUUGGUGCUCGGUAAAUGACGUCUUGUUUUGACGUAUAUUCGAAGAGGAUUACAGUUCUAGGCUUUCACGAUGUUGAGUACCUUUGAGGGACUAAAGAAAAACUUCAAGUUAAAACCUCAGCAAUAUAUUAUCGAUAAUUGGGUGUUCAGGCUACAUUACAAGGCAACGGUGUAUAUUUUUAUAAUUUCGUCCAUUUUGGUAACUUCUAGACAGUACAUUGGAGAGCAUAUACGAUGUAUAGCGGAUGGGGGUGUACCGGAACAUGUUAUGAACACGUUUUGUUUCUUUACGACGACCUUCACAGUGCCAUAUGUAAACGCCACCAAAGAAAACCUGGAAAAGUUGCUGGAGACAAAAGAAAUGAGUGCUCAUAUGCUAGACACUGGUAAUUUGGCACAUCCUGGCGUUGGUCCAUAUGGUAUUGACUCGAAUGAACCCAUAGUACGGCACGCGUACUAUCAGUGGGUUCCUUUCGUGUUAUUCUUCCAAGGUCUUAUGUUCCUUAUACCGCAUUUACUAUGGAAGAAGAUGGAAGGGAGAAGAUUGAGAUACUUGGUAGAUAGCUUAAAGUACGCGGCGUUUUCUUUGCAAGAAAAAGAGGUGAAAGUUGGCGAUAACAAAAUUCCGUCUAAAUCAGAUAGAGAAAAGAAGAUUCAACAAGUGAGACAACUCUUUCAAGAUGGCGUUUACGUUAACAAAAACUGGGCACUGAAAUUGAUGCUGGUCGAAGUCCUCAAUUUCAUCCAUGUCAUCAUACAAAUUGCCAUCACUAACAGAUUUUUGGGCUACAAAUUCCUUAAAUUGGGAUCGACGGUUUGGCGCAAUGGUUUGGAUUCCAGCGUAGAUAUUUUGGAUGAAGUUUUUCCAAAGAUAACCAAAUGCACCUUCCACAAAUACGGUCCCUCUGGCUCCAUCCAAUACCACGACGCUAUGUGCGUAAUGGCCCUCAACAUCAUCAACGACAAAAUCUACACCGCCGUCUGGUUUUGGUUCAUCUUCCUCUUCAUCUGCUCCAUCUUAGGUCUACUCUGGAGAAUUAUAACCUACAUUCUGCACGCCAGGAGCCGAGGCUUCAACAGAAUGAUUUUCUCGAGCUCGUGUCCAGGAAAGCUGAACCCUUGGAGAGUACUAAACGUUACCAGAACGCCCAGCUACUCUGAUUGGUUGUUUUUGGUGUAUUUGUCUAAGAACGUCGAUCCUUUAGUCUUUAAGGAAAUUUUCGUAGGCAUCGCUCAAGACUACGAGGAAAGAAGCUCCAUGAAGAAGCCGCUACUGGACCUGGAGGAUUCAGAUCUGAAGUACGCUUAAGUGCCUGAAGUUAAAUGAUAUUUAAAAAUAGUGGCAGGAGUAUUGUAACAAAAUGUGAUGUGCGUUUAGAAGAGUGGUGGUAUAGAAGAUUUGUUAAGCUGCCAUAUAGAUUAAUAGAUUACCGUCCAUAAGGUACUAAAGAUAUUAAAAAAACCUUGUAUAUUAACGUUUCUUCUUGACUUUAGUACCCUAUUCAGUGGUGUAACAAACUCCGUCGGGGCCCCCCCGCAAAAUUUGAAAUGGGGCCCGUUUUAACCCAGGAGCAGUCGCGCCGUUAGAAAAAAUCCAUCAUUUUCCGUGAUAACUUAAUGAAAAAUUUUGCAACAUAACUUUCCACUUGUAAGUGCCUCGAAGAAGAUUGUAGUAAUGCGUAGGAUUUUUUUUUUAUUUUUUAAUUUCAUUUUUAUUUUUUUUUUUUUUUGUGGUAUUUAUGGCUUUGGUGGGAACCAAUUAUUAGUUUUAAAAUUGUUAGAAAUAGAUAUUUUUAACAUAAAAAGCAAACAAAAAUAUUAUAAAAUUAAACUUUGUUUUAAAUUCAUAUUGUUAGAUUUUGUUCUACGCGCGACUGCUUACGUGACAGAAGUGAGCGCGACUGCUCCCGCGUUAAACAAUUACUUACUAAAUACGACUUAUUUAACAAAAACUUUUUUGUGUUAGCGUUAUCAUUCACUGUUCAUAACAACUUAUAUUUCUCAUCUUUAUUGGUAUACAGACCCAUUCCAAAUAAACAACUUCUUUUGUUGUUUUCUGUACAACUUACCUACAAUACAUUUAAUAACCAGCUUUAAAAAUAGUAAAUGUUAAAAUAAUUCUUACUUGAUUUCCUAUACAGUGUGUUUGCGUAGCUUGGAACCUAUGGGAAACUUUUUUAUUAUAUAUCUAUAUUACGAAAAAAAAGUUAUUCUUCAUAAAAUGCUCUGCAUGGUAUAAAACUUAAGUUGCAAUAAUCAGAUAUUAAAUUUUAUUGAUUUUAUACGAGGUAUAUCAAAAAAUAUUAAUUUCGCUCAAUAGUACAUAUACCACCUUUAUAUUUUACAAUAUUGAAACAAUUUAUUAUAAAAAGUUGUUCGCAAUUAAAAACUAUGUUUAAAUAUGCAAUUAUAUCAUUCCAGUUGAAAUAUUGUGAACUAUAAAGGUACUUAACUCUUAGAGAGAAAUUCAUAUUUUUCGACAUACCUCGUAUAAAGUUGGUAAAGUGAGAUAUAUUACGAUUGAAUCUUCGUUUUGAGAUAAUGCAGAGCUUUUUAUAAAGAAUCUGAUAAGAAUUUUAUAAAGAAUUUUUUCGUAAAAUUAAAAAAUUAAUAAUAAAAUAGUUAUUAUAAUUGUAACAAAAUGAUGUUUUUUAUCGGUAAUUUGAGAAAUAUUUGGAAAAAUUAAUUUUUUAUUUACAAGGAUGUAAUUACCAAUUAAAAUUAAAAUCGUAUAUUGUUAAAUAUAAAAGUACUUUAUCGUUGAGUUAAAUUCCUAUUUUUUGACUUACCUCGUAUAAAAUUGAUAAACUUUGAUAUCUGAUGGUUUAUCUGGCUUAUUUUGUAUCUCAGAUUUAAGACCAUUCAAAGCAUUUCAUGAAGAAUAAUUUUUUUCGUAAAAUUGAUCGUAUUGUUUCCCAUAUGGUUCGAAGCCACGCAGACAUACUGUAUAAGUGCUAAAAAAAAUUUAUUUUGAAUUUUCAAAUUGUAAUGUCUGACAGGGCCGUAGCUACCAUUGGGGCAACCGGGGCAGUGCCGCGGGGCCCGCGGCGAAGGGGGCCCCGCUAUUGUAAUCGCGUUAUACUGCCUAUAGGCAAUAUAACGCGAUUAAAAACCUACAUUAUAGCCGAAGAAUGUAAGUAACAUUAUAUGUAGUAUAUUUUUUAUGAAAACAGAAAAUAUGUUAUAUUGAUGGUAAAUAUUUAGCUUAAAAUAAUGUGAUUUAAAUUUUUUUUUGUGUUGGUCAACUAAAAUAGCAAUAUGUAGGUAGGUACAGGAAACUUCAGUCAUGAAGUACAUUAAAAUGCGUUUUCAAGUGGUUAAAUAUCAAUUUUCCCGGACUCCUUCUGCUGGGUGAUUAACCCCAGACCCCCCGGUAGGGGGCCCCCAGAUCACGUUUAGGGGGCCAUCGUACUUAUGGCCCUGAUUUAACGACAUAGUCGAAUUCAGCAUAAUCAAAAAGCAAAUAGAAACUUUUUUGAACAAAGUAAAAUGAUGAAUUCACCGAUAUCUUUUAAAAUUAUUUAAUAUAAAACAGUUUUAUUGUUUAAAGAAUUAAUAAACAAUUAGAGGCAUCUGUGAGUAGAACUUUUCACUUUAAGAUAAGAUAUAUAAACUAACAAAAAAUGUUUUAGAAAAAUAUAAGCUUGUUUGAUUUUUUCCGAAACCGAAACAAUGCAAGUUUUUCUACAUUGACUUCCCUAAAGGGUAAGUGUUAUAAUUUCCUUAUCUUAACGUUUAUCUGUUGAUAGAUUGUCCAAUGAUUACACAAGAAAAGUCGUCAAUAAUUGUUAAAUAAAUGCGUACCAAGCUGAUGCAACUAUAACCGUAAAACAAAACAAACAUAAAUAACAUUCAAUGCAAACAACCAAUAUGAAAUUACUGGCUAUAAUAUUGUAUCGAAAUACUAAAAGUAGGCAAAGAACAAGAACAGAGAGAAAGAAAACCCAUUUUUAGAUUUAAAAAUAUUGUUCUUAAAUUCGGCAAAUUGCAAUUCUAAUAUCUUUCAAUAGUCACGUACAAUGCAUUAUAUAGUUUAUUGUCGCUGCCAUAAAAUUUCGGUAGGACGGAAGGGAUUAAGUUUCUUGAUAUUAUGAGAUGAUUCACUUGGCAAAUACGUCUAGUUAGAAAUUUUUACGUUUAUAAAUUUAAACAGACAACGUAAAAAUAAUAUAACAAUAACAGAUUUUUACAUAAUAUCAGAUGACAAGAUGGGCCCUUAAACGAUUGGGCCCCCCGCAAGCUUCAUGCUGCGGGGCCCUCUGUUACGCCCCUGACCUAUUAUCAGAUUAAUUGUGAAGUCUGAACAUUUGGAAAGUACUAAAGUCUUCACUGCAAUAUUUGGGACACAUUACAAGAGGCGAAAGAUCUGAACUCCUUCGAAUAAUUAUGCAGGGGAAGAUAGCAGGAAAAAGGUCCAUAGGAAGAAGACGAAACUCCUGGCUAAAGAAUCUACGGGAAUGGUAUAGCUGUAGCAACAACGAAUUGUUUCGGUCAGCAGUUUCGAAAAUACGUAUAGCCCUGAUGAUCGCCAACCUUCGGAACGAAGAUGGCACUUGAAGAAGAAAGUCUUCAUUGCAUAGUAAAGAUUAAUAAAUUUAACAAUUUUGUGUUUAUUUUUACACACUUGACUAUACUAAGAAUAAUGGGAUCAAAAUCAAAAUUUGAUGUCACUGAAAAGUAAAUGUUCAAUACUUAAAUCUUUAAUCUUUCUCUUAUCAUUAUUAGACUUAAUCUACAGACUAUAAUCCUUACCAGGAAAUUCUCUAAUUUAUUAUAAACCUUGUAGUCUAUUAUUAUCGCAAUAUCGUCUUAAUCUUAAUGACUUCCAAAGGACAUCAAGAGCAAGGACCAAAUGUGAGCAUAUUAUCAACAUAAGCGAAGAUGUAAGAUAAAUAUAAAUCGGGGAAAUAGAGUACAAGGUACAGAAGUUAAUAUAUCCAAAUAAUUUCAGAUUCUUAACAUCUUACACAAUACAUGACACUUAAUAUAUACAUAGAGGCAGAUGAAGGAAAGAACACAACAAUUGGAAAGGUAUAUAAAUAUUUAGAAAUGGAUUAUCUGAAAUCCUGCAGCAUGAUGACGAUGUUGUUUAGUUUCACUUUAUCCAAGAUCCUUUAAGAGAUCCAAAAAGCUUACGGAAAUACGAAAAAUUAUAGUUCUAUUCUUUUCCUGGAUAAUCCACAACUUUUUCAGCUGGAGCAUACACAAAAUAGCAAUUUCGUCAGUGGCGUAGAAUUUGGGAAGGGUCAACCAGCCACUAUCCCCUGUCGUACGCCUCUGGUAGAAGCUAAAAACGUUUAUUUAUCUUAAUUUAGUAGGAUGUACAGUACCUACACUUUCUGCUAAGUAUGAUAAGGAUACGCCAAAUAGUCUUAAAGUACUGGGUACAAAUAAUUUUUAAAUUUUAAUCAUAUGAAUCAUAUCAUAAAUUAUUAAAAUAACUGUGCCGUUUCAUAUUUAACUUCAAAUAUCUCGAAAACUAAUGACUUUAUCGUUACCAAUGAAGAGUAUAUUAUUCACGUAGAAAGUAUUGGAGAAUCUAAAAAUGGCACUAAAAUAGUAAUUCCUCCAGUGGCGUAGAAUUUAAGAAGGGUCAACCAUUCACCAUCCCCUGUCGUACGCCUCUGGUAGUAGAUAUAAACGUUUGUUUAUCACAAUUUAGUAGGGUGUCUAGUAGUUGAACUUUCUGCUAAGUAUGAAAAGGAUACGUCGAAUAGUUUUAAAAUACUAAGCAAAAAUAUGUUUUAAAUUUUUAGAUAAAACACCCUGUAACUCAGUAAGGAACCACAUUUUAUUUAAGUGUUUUAGGUUAAAUCUUCGUAUUUUGUGCUAAGGUUUCUCCAGUUACUAUAUGGACAAUUAUUAAUGAAACACCCUGUAUAAAAAGAAACUGAAAUGUACUGUGUACAAAUACUUGCUGUGUAAUUGCCAUAUACACCAAAAACUACCCUUUUAUAAUUAUUUUUUACCAUUUUUAUUAACUCAUUGUAGCAUUUUACCAUAUGAUUGUGAUUAUCUUUUCGUAAUAAUUCUAUUGCGUAAGAAAUAUGUUUAUGCAACAUCAUGUUAUUUAUAGACUCAUACGUUUAAUAUUACGUUUAUUUAAAUGUUGCAUAGAUAAGAAAUUUUUAUUUACCGUUUCCAAGUUCAUGCACUUCAAAAAAGUUGACGAUAUUAUCCAAAAUUGCGUUGUUCUUACUGGGCCGAACGUACCACGAAUAAUAUAUUAUUUUUAAAAUUUUAUUUUUAAUAGUUUUAUGUUAAUUUCGUCAUUUUGCAUUCUUUAUCUUAUAGAUAAAAUGUUUAUAUUGCCAUGUACCGUAAUUUGUUGAAUGUAUUCAUUGUAUGCACAUAAUAAUUUAUAAAAAUAAUUUUCCCCUGCAGCUGUUUUCUUGUACGGUUUUUUUUUUCAUCAUCUGAAACUUGAAUCGACAAAUUUGCUAAAACAAAGUUUUUCUUGACGACAACACAAAUUUUAUAAUAGAUGUCUCAAAAUUAACGAAAGAUUUGUCGCUAUUUUUGUAGUAAAGUGUUAACAAUAACAAAAAGAAAACAGUUUAGAGUUAGCAGCAAUGCUAACAACUAAUGCUAAAAAACAGCGCAAAGUUUGCCAUUUUUUGUUCAAAAUUACAGAAAUCUAUAAUGUGUUUAUUAGCAAUAUUACCCCAGUGGAACAAUUUCAUUCCAAAAUACGGUAUAGUCUAGUCGCAACAUAGGGGGUCCCGUGGACACUUUUAGUUCGCCGCGAUUUGAUGGUGGUAUUAUAGAUUUUUUGGGUCGCUGAAUCCAAUGGAAGUGGUCUGGAAGCCCAAAUGUGGUGCGUUUAAUUGUUAUUAACAAAUUUUAGUAAAAUUAGUUGUUUUUUAGGAAUUAUUAGAAGUCCUGUAAAUAAAUUGAUAGUGUUAAGGUCUUCUCUGGUGUAUUUGUGGUCUCUGAAUCGAAUGCGACUAGUCGCGAUUACUCAAAAUGUGUUCUUAUUUUGUUAAUAACAAAAUAAUUGUUUAUUCGCCGAAAAGCUCGAAAUGCGUUAUCUACAGCAAGCUUCUAGUCUUUUUCAUAGUAUUUUUAUACGCUAAAUCGAUUGUCACUAGUCGUGAUAGUUUAAACCACGUUCCGACUUUUUUAUUAAUAAAUUAUUGCAAAAAUAACGGUUUAUGUCACGUUUACUCACAGUUUUUGCUCUAGAUUUUAAAAAACCACUUGGAAUGACAUGAAAUUUGGCAUGCGCGUAGUUAACAUGACAAACAAAACAAGUGAUAUUGUGCGGAUGUGUGCUUUUACCCUGGAUGUGAGUUUCACCCCGUUUCGGGGGUGAAAGAUGAAACCUUUAAAAUAAGUCCGGAAUUGGAUAAACUGAUUAAUUCUAAGCAACGUUUAUUCUAUACAGUUUUUUCACUAAGUCAAUACUUUUCGAGUUAUUUGCGAGUGAAUAUGUUCAUUUUUCAACAAAAAACCAAAUACAAACUCGAAAAGUAUUGAGUUAGUGAAAAAACUGUAUAGAACAAAAGUUGCUUAGAAUUAAUCAGUUUAUCCAAUUCCGGACUUGUUUUAAAGGUUUCUUUUUUCACUCCCGAAAAGGGGUGAAACUCAUCCCCAGGGUAAAGGCAGACAUCAGAACAAUAUCACUUGUUUUGUUUGACAUGUUAGCUACGUGUAUGCCAAAUUUAAUGUCAAUCCAAGUGGUUUUUUAAAAUUUAGAGCAAAAACCGUGAGUGAACGUACUAUAAACCGUUAUUUUUGCAAUAAUUUAUUAAUAACAAAGUCGGAACGUAGUUUAAGCUAUCACGACUAGCGGCAAUCGAUUUAGCGUAUAAAAAUACUAUGAAAACGACUACAAACUUGCUGUAGAUAGCGCAUUUCUAGCUUUUCGGCGAAUAAACUAUUAUUUUGUUAUUAAAAAAUAAGAACAUAUUUUGAGUAAGCGCGACUACUCGCAUUCGAUUCAGCGACCAAAAAUACACCAGAUAAGACCUUAACACUAUCAAUUUAUGUACAGGGCUUCUAAUAAUUUCUGAAAAACACCUAAUUUUACCAUAAUUUGUUAAUAACAAAUAAACGCACCACAUUUGGGCUUCCAGACCACUUCCAUUGGAUUCAGCGACCCAAAAAACAUAUAAUAGCACCAUCAAAUCGAGGCGAACUAAAAGUGUCCACGGGACCCCCUAUGUUGCGACUAGACUAGUAGUCACAAAAAUAGUAUAAAAUAUUAUCAAAUAACAACAAAUUUUUAAUUGGAUCUUAAAUAAACGUCCCGAGGAAAUGCAAAAAAUAAAUAUAACAUGGAUUAACAUAAAAUUCAUAUAAAAUAUUUUUGUUGUUUAUUAUUGAUAUUUUUAAUCAACUCAUUGAACUCAAGUCUGUAGCUACUUUCACCCAGUUUUCAAAUUUUUAAUACAAUGUUUCUUUGGAUAACUUUUGAGCAAUGUGAAAUACAGUGGGAACCCCGAAAAUCCGAACUAAUUGGGGGGACAGUCUGUUCGGAUUCCGAAAAGUUCGGAUUAUCCGAAAGUUAGCCUGACUAGUAAUUCCAAGCUUUCAUUGUCGUUGAUUUUGAGUCACAAAACGUUCUCGCAAGAGUGUGGACAAUAAUUUUGGACUCAAGUUGACUACGAGAGAACCAAAGCAAGUUUAUGUUUAGCCUGUAUAAGCACUACAUAUUAAGUACGUAUUUAUUUUUAAGAAAUUUUAAAUGUCAAAGUCCUAUUAAUCUUACAUUGUUCAAUUCUCUGGUUUUACUCUGUAUAAUAAACAUGUUUUUAAGUUUUUGUCUUGAACGUUUUCAUUUUUUUCACUUUCCGUUGGUUCGGAUUUGCCGAACGUUCGGAUUAGCGGGGUUCAGAUUUGCGGGGUUCUACUGUAUAUUAAAACUUUUUCUCACUAAAGCUCAGAACUUAUCUAAACACAAAAUACUAUUGACUAACUACUUAUUUUAUAAAGGUUUAUUAGAUUUAGGUAAAACCUACGGGUGAUAUUUUCGACUGUAAUUGCCUAAAUAGGCUCUAAAUAAAUUUUUUUUAUAUUAA